AUGAGUAGCAUAGCACAAAAAUGGAAGGAACUGAGUGGAGAGAACGACUGGGAGGGUCUUUUGGAUCCUCUGGACAUCGAUCUUCGCCGCUACCUCAUUCAGUACGGUGACAAGAUCCAAGCCGUCAUCGAUUCCUUCAUCGACGACAAAUCCUCGAAGAAUAUCGGCCUCCCUCGAUACAUAAAGAGACAUCUCUUCCCCAGGGUUGGUUUGGUGAAUGGAAAUCCAUUCGACUACGAGGUCAAGAAAUAUUUCUACGCCUCCACCAAAGACAUUAAGUUGGAAAAAGGCUCGGUAAGCUUGCAGCCGCAGUCUAAGCCCGUCGCCGGGUACUCGAACUGGAUGGGAUACAUCGCCGUGAGCUCCGAUACCGGAAGCUUGGCUUUGGGAAGGAGAGACAUUUUGGUUGUAAUAAGGGGAACUCUUAUGGAUAUAGAAUGGAAUAUUGACUUUCAAUUCCAACUUGUUUCAGCUUCUGAUAUACUUGGAACGGAAUAUGACCCUAGGGUUCAGCAAGGAUGGUAUACUUACUACACUACGGCUGAUCCUGGAUCAACCUAUAAUUCUACUAGCAUGAGGGAUCAGAUUCUAAGUGGAGUUAGAGAGUUGGUGGACUUGUACAAGGAUGAGGAAAUCAGCAUUACAGUGACAGGCCACAGCAUGGGAGGUGCAUUUGCGACACUAAUAUCGACAGACAUAGUAUACAACGGAUACAACAAGCCCACAGAUCAGCCGGACAAUCCCUGUCUGGUGACGGCGUUCUUGUUCGCAAGCCCACCGGUAGGAGAUCCGGGCUUCAGAAGAGUCUUCAACAGUCUAGACAAUAUCCACGCUUUGCAAGUGAGGAACGAAAAGGACGAAAUCCCGGAGCUUCCAGAUCGGAUAGAAGGUUACGUCCACGUGGGGAAGAAGCUGGUGAUCGAUACCACACAGUCGCCCUACUUGAAGGAAAAGAUCAUAAGCACUGAAAAUGUUCUGCAUGAUCUGCAGGUUUACUUGCAUGGAAUUGCAGGGACUCAAGGCUCGACUGGUGGAUUCAAACUGGAAGUGAAACGAGAUCUGGCUCUUAUAAACAAGAAGUUGGAUGCUUUGAAAGAUGAAUACAAUGUGGGUGCUGAAUGGUGGUGUGUGAGUAACAAAGGCAUGAUUCAAAUGGCUGAUGGGAAUUGGGUUGUUGUCUUGGACCGCGAGAUCGAUAUUGAAGAUGACAAACCUUAGCUGGCUAGCUACAGUAGUCAUUGGAAA